AUGGAGUUCGUGGGCAGGACUUUGAAGAAACGAUUUCGAGGGUUUGGGACUUUCUCUGGUGUUGUUGAAUCCUAUGACUCUGAUUCUGGGCUUUUCAAGAUUAUUUAUGAAGAUGGUGAUUCUGAAGAGAUGGAGCUUGGCGAGGUUGAUUCAAUUUUGAAGGGAAUCGAUGUGGGUGAAGCUGACGAACCCGUAGAGAAGAGAAGGCGUGGGCGUCCGAAGAAACGGCGUCGGAGAGAGGCUGGAGCUGCAGUUCGUGAUGGUUCAGGUAAUUCUGCUGAUAGUUUAGUGAAUGAUCGUUGUUCUGGGGAGGGUUCUGAAGAUGCCCAGAUGAAAGGUAAUGUGAGUUGUGGGGGAUUUUCCAGAAACUUAGAGAAGGAAUGUGAGUUGGGUGGGAAUUUGAAGGAGAGUGUCUCUGCCAACGCUAACUUAAAGGGCAGUGAUUUUUCCAUGCUUCAAUUGGAGGAGGAUAAUUCUCAUGCAGGUUCUGCAAGCAAGGGGAGUGAAAAUGAUUUGGGAUGCCCAAGUAAAGAGGAACCUAGUCAGAAGAAAAGAAGAAGGCUUUCUGAAAAUUUUAAGCCUACUACAGAAACUCUGUUGAGAAGGAGUACCCGCAGAGCAAGAGCUGCUGUCUCUUCUACGAAACAUGCCUUGAUCACGGAGGAGUUCCAUGAAACUGAUACACCUGCAGUGAACAGUGUAUCAGAUGAGAAGCCCGUUAGCCCAGGUUUUAGUGGACUCGUCGAGCCAAGCCGUCUUCCUCCAAAGCUUGCACUACUGCCUUCGUCAAAAAAUCUGAAUUUAGACAAGAUUCCUAUUCUUGAUCUUUUCUCUGUUUACUCCUUUUUGAGGUCAUUCGGUACUUCACUUUUUUUGAGUCCCUUUGACUUGGAAGCUUUUGUAGCAGCAGUAAAAUGCAAGUUUGCUAAUUCGCUAAUUGAUUUUAUUCAUUUCUCUAUCUUGCAAACUCUGAAACUGCAUUUGGAGUUUCUUUCUAAGGAGGGCCCUGAAUCUGCUUCGGCUUGCCUGAGGGUUCUUAACUGGGAGUUUCUGGACCUAAUUACAUGGCCUGUUUUUCUGGUUGAGUACCUACUAAUUCGUGAUUCAGAAUUAAAACCUGGUUUUGAUCUAUGUCAAUUGAAGCUUAUGGAUGACGACUACUAUAAACCGCCUGCAGCUCUAAAGGUUGAGAUACUUAGGUGUUUAUGUGAUGAUGUCAUUGAGGUCGAAGCCAUAAGGAUGGAGCUUAAUAGAAGAAUGCUGUCAUCUGAGCUUGAUUUGGAUAUUGACAGGAAUGUAAGUUUUGUGGGUAACAAGAAGAAGAAGGACCCAGUUGAUGAUUUGGGUGGUUCUUGCUUCACUCAGGAGAUGGUUGAUGAAACCAAUGACUGGAAUAGUGAUGAAUGUUGUCUCUGUAAGAUGGAUGGAAGCUUAAUAUGCUGUGAUGGUUGCCCUGCUGCUUAUCAUUCAAGAUGUGUAGGAAUUUUAAAGGAUCUUCUGCCAGAGGGUGAGUGGUACUGCCCUGGGUGUGUGGUUGGCAAACGUGACCUCCAGAGAAAGUCACCAAGAUCUCUCUGUGGAGCGGAACUUCUAGGAAUUGAUCAUUAUGGACGGGUAUAUUUUGGCAGCUGUGGCUACUUGGUGCAAGUCUGCUACUUAGGUGCAGUUUGA